CUUCGUCGUCGAGUUCUUCUCUCUACUUCUCAAGCAAAUCUUUCCAUCUACCAGACAAAUUGACUGAGAGACACCCCAUCUCUCGGCAUGUUGUCAACCGGAGUGGACAUCGAGGGGCGGCCCCCAACCAUCGUCAAGACGGCAGCGGACGCCGAAAAGGUCGCUGGUUCUAGAACCGAUAUCGCUCAUGAUGAGGUCGCUUCCUUGUCCAGUGGCACCCUCGGCGACAAUACCCAUCGGAAGCUCAAGUCGCGCCAUAUCCAGCUGAUCGGCAUUGGAGGCACCAUCGGUACGGCCUUUUACGUCCAGAUCGGCAAAGGUCUCCUCAACGGAGGGCCUGCCAGCUUGUUUCUGGCCUUCACCAUCUGGUGUACCUUUAUCCUGGCCAUCACCAUGUGCAUGGCCGAAAUGGUCACCUAUCUGCCCAUCUCUUCGCCCUUCAUCCGCUUUGCUGGCCGCUACGUGGACGAGGCCUUUGGAUUCGCUGCGGGCUGGAACUUUUUCAUCUUCGAAGCGGCCAUGGUGCCCUUCGAACUCACCGCUUGUAACCUGAUCAUUCACUACUGGAGCGACGCCGUACCUGUCAGCGGCAUCAUUGCCAUCACGCUGGUCAUCUACGGAUUAGUCAACCUGUUGGCUGUGGAGUGGUAUGGCGAAACCGAGUUCUGGGCUGCGCUGGGCAAGUUUCUGCUCAUUGUGGGAUUGCUCAUUUUCACCUUUAUCGUCAUGGUGGGCGGUAAUCCACUGGGAGAUCGAUUUGGGUUCAGAUACUGGAAGGACCCCAGCGCUUUCACCGAGUUGUAUUACACUGGCUCGCUUGGUCGCUGGCUGGGCUUCCUUCAGUGCUUGAUUCAGGCAAGCUUUACCAUUGCCGGACCGGAUUACGUUGCCAUGGCCGCCGGCGAAGCAGAAAACCCCCGCGUCGUCAUGCCCCGCGCCUUCAACGCCGUCUUCUACCGUCUCACAGCGUUCUUCGUCCUCGGCUCUCUCGCCGUCGGUAUUCUCGUCCCUUACAAUGACGCCGAGAUGGCCCUCGCCUUUUCCUCCGGUGCUCCCGGCGCCGCCGCCUCUCCCUACGUUGUCGCCAUGAACCGGCUCCGCAUCCGCGUCCUCCCCGACAUUGUCAACGCCAUGGUCCUCACCGCCGCCUUCUCCGCUGGCAACAGCUACGUUUACUGCGCCUCGCGCUCCCUCUAUGGUCUGGCGCUCGAGGGUAAAGCCCCCAAGGCGCUGCUCAAGUGCACCCGAUCCGGAGUGCCCAUUUACUGUGUCAUGAUCGUGCUGUGCUUUGGCUUGUUGGCUUUUCUGCAGGUCAGCAACAGCGCGGCCGUGGUCCUUUCGUGGUUCAUCAGCUUGAUGACGGCCAGCCAGCUGAUCAACUAUAGCGUCACUUGCACUUCGUAUUUGAGAUGGUACGCGGCGCUCAAGGCGCAGGGGGUCAGUAGGGAUAAGUUGCCGUACAAGGGGCUUUUCCAGCCCUAUGCGGGGUGGUAUGGGCUGUGCGGGUGCUUUGUCAUGACGUUUGUGGGAGGGUAUACGGUGUUUUUGCCGGGGCAGUGGAGCGUUCCUACGUUUUUCUUCUCGUACACCAUGAUUGGGGUUUGUCCUGUGCUCUUUGUGGUGUGGAAGAUUGUGAAGAAGACGAAAUUCCACAAGGCCGAGGAGAUUGACUUGCACAAGAAUCUGGACGAAGUGGAGGAGUAUCAGGCAAAUUAUGUGCCAACCCCGUCUAGGAAUCGGUUCGAAUGGGUUUUGGACUGGCUGUUUGGUUAGUAAAUACCAGGAGGCAGCUAUCAGGUUCUUGCCUCUUCCUCUCAGGAAAGCUGAAUUGCAUUUUGCACAGGGCGCCUCGAGUCCGCAUCUGUCCCAUGGUGACUUGUUUGCUACUCCGUGGCUUCCCGAAAAGAAUAAAUAAGGGAUUGUAGGGAAUGGCAAGACCAUGCGCACAGUGGGAGAAGAGGAUUGUUUGGUUACUAAGAUCAGGUAGAUAUCUCUGCGAGUACGACCGAGGAAGCGCGUCCCAAGUGUGGAAGGAAACUUGAACGUGAUCAAAUCUACCACCCCCAUUCUCCUUACAUUCCAAGCAGAACCUCAUUCAGCAGUUGGUGUCUCCU